CUCACCACAGCUGAUCAAAUGUCAAGAAAAUGGAGUUUAGUAGUUACGCAUUUUAUACAUUCAGAAUAGAAAAAGUUACAAUAUGAAAUUAAAUAAUGUAAUCUUAGUAGCCUGCAUGGGUUACGAUGGAUAGUGCAAGUCCAUUUCAACCUUGGGCUUCUGAUGAUAGUGCGAAAAACGUUAAAACUGAAACAGAUCUAGUGGAUGACGCGAAACUUCAUCGGGAAAAUGUCAAUCAUCCAAAACAUACGCAAACUGCGUCUUACGAUAAAGAAAGUGUCGCCGUUUCAACCAACGCUCCUGGAUCGUCCGGCGCCGCGGGCACCGGCGCCGAUUCCGCCAGGAGUUUCGAAACCAAAAUGGACUCUGCCAAAAUAGCUUCUAUGCAGCAGAUUGUGGAGAACACUAUCAGCCAAGAAGGACGCCAAAGAGUAGCACAACUGUUGGAAGCAGUAGAAGCAUUGACAGGUGCUGAGAGGUUGCUACUCUACCUGCGACUGCCCACUGGUGUGCCACCUCAUGACCCAUUGAAACAACCAAUAAACCCUCUUGGCUCCAGAGCAGAACUUCAACAGACUGUUACAUGGAUACAGACCCAUUUAGAAGUUGACCCUGAUGUUUCUCUUCCGAAGCAGGAUGUUUAUGAUGAAUAUAUAGCACACUGUGUAAGCAGUAACAUGAAGCCACUGUCGACGGCUGACUUCGGUAAAGUCAUGAAGCAGGUGUACCCGACCGUGCGACCUCGGAGACUGGGAACACGCGGCAACUCUAGGUAUUGUUAUGCUGGACUGCGUAAAAAAAUCAAGUUAGAAGUGCCCCAACUGCCAGACUUGAGUGAAUCAUCCAAGGAAGUAAACGUAACUGCUAGAGAAACGGAAAGAAUAGUAUGUGAAUGGGCUGAAACCAAAUUAGGUGUGAAAUUCUCUAACAUAUCGGAGUUGUCGAGGCAUUUGUCGACGUCGGCGGCGCCCCUCGCGCCUCCGGGCCCGGCCAGCAGUUCCCCGCCGCCACAAUCACAUUUAUCGCAAGAUGAUGCAACAAGUCGACACUUGAUGAAACAACUGAAAAGGAAAAUACAGACACAGGGUACGCCCGGAAGGCCGAAGAAGAACAAGGAGACUACCGGCGAGUCUCCGCCGUCCACGUCGUACGGCGCGCCCCAUCCGCCGCACAAGCUCGAGGAACUGGCUCCCGAACCCGGCUACGCGUACCAGCCGCCGUACGUGCCCGUCUAUGAGGUCCGCGCGCCGUACCCCGCGUACAGCGCGCCGCCGCGGGCGCACCCGGCGCCGGGCGGCGCCUACCACUUCGAGCCCUACGCGCCGCGCGACCUGUCGCUGCCCGCCGAGCCGCACAACGUGCCCAUCAACCUCAGCAGCGACGCGUCGCUGGACCUGCGGCGCCGCCCGCCCGACCCGCCGCCGCCGCGCCUGCCGCUGCCCGGCAAGAAGCUCAUCCUGGAGACGUACCAGAGCGAGACGCAGGCGGCGCGGCCCGCGCCCGCGCCCGCGUACCUGCCCAAGAAGAUGCGCGCCGCGGAGAUCCUCGGCGGCAAGCUGGCGGCCGCGCGCCUCGCCGCGCACGACGCGCCCGCUCGUUCCGACGCCGCUUUUUUAGAGGAUCCAAAAAACUUAACGAGCCGGUCCACGAGCACCGCCGCGGCGCUGGCCCGGGAGCAACAGGAGGCGGCGAGUCCCACGCGGGCGGCGGACGCCCCGACUAGAGCGCGGCGCCGGCCCGAGCCCGAGCCCGACGCCUGCCUCGGCCUCAACAUCAAGACGCCCGUCAUCUGCGAGGAGAAGCACUCCGAGAUACUCAACAGGGAGCGCGUCAUCAGCAUCUGCAACAUCGACAAGCACGACCUCGACGACUACCUCAACGAGGGCAACAGCCAGGAGCACGAAGAGGAGCUGCUGCGCUACUUCAACCAGCGCGACGCGGACGCCGACCCCGACGCAGUCACACAGGACGCGGCCGCUUUUUUAGGGACGGGCCAGGACCCACUGGACGAACAUAGUCAGGGUAAAAACGAAAAAAUAUCGCAGCUCCGGGAACUGUUGGCCAAAAACUUGAAAAACCAAAGUGGGUCCGCCAAUGUUGUAGCCUCUAAUUCGCAGCCCGAUCAGGAACCCCACAAUUCACAAGAAACCUCUCACGAACAACUUCUUAAACCUGUACCACCUAGCGAGGGAGCGUUCAAACCCCUUGUAGGCGGUACGUCUGCGGAUGUUUCAAGCGGUCCAAUAUUGCCAAACCAAAUGGUCACUAUGAACGGAAACAAAAAUGGCAAUAUGCACCCGAUAGAAAAUGGCGCCCCUAUGCCAUAUGUAAAUGAGAAUGCGCCUAAACAAAAUGUUGCAAAUAUUUCUAGUGCCCAGAAUUACAACGGUCAUUCUAAUACGGAACCUCAAAGUCCGACGACUAGAACUCAGCAAUAUGAAUUUGUUCCCAUAUCCGAUGGGUGCCAUUCUCCUGGACGCUUUCAUUCUAAAUCGCCAUUAGGGUUCGGGCAGCGAGGUAAUAGUCCCAUAAAAGUUAAUAAACAAAUAGUUAUGGGUGGUUCAUUACAAACAUCUCCGAUAUCGCAUAGUACAGCGGCGAGUCCUUUUGUGAGUCCUAGAAAUACUCCCGUGCCGCGAUCGCGUCACUGCUCGCGACCAAUCCCCAAGCCAGGAAGGAAAGGAAGACGAAAUCCGCCGUCGUUAGGCAUGACCGACGGUAAGCAUUUUGCUAUGCCAAACGAACAGAAAUUCAUGUGCAAGACUACACAAGACAUCGCGCGGCAAAUAAGUGUACCGAACAAGUACUGUCAGCCGAUGUCUGCGCCGCCUUCUCCCAACAUUUUAACUUCCCAAUACAAGCCGCAAAUGUUUGGAGUCCCAAAUGGCAAUGGCCAUCACAACUUAAAUUUCUUGCCAAGUACACCAUUUAGAGAGCACAUGAAUGGUGAUUUGACUCAACCGCUGUCUGCUGAUCCCUUGUCGAGCGAAGUGAGUCAAUUUUUCCCCGAAACGCCGCUUCAAUAUCGGCCAGGCCUAGAUACUUCGUUCCGGUCGCAGUCAGUGCCGCUGAAGCCCGGCAUGAACAACAUAGGACUCCUCAGCUACAACAACACGCCCGUAGGCUCGGUCCCACCGACUCCAGUGCCCAAUGAGUUUUGCGAUUUUGGUAACCUCACCGAAACUUGUGAUAUAUCUAAAGCCUGCCUCAAUCCCGAAACCCUAGAUAAAAUUUAUAACGCCAUAGACAGUAGCAACGACGUACUUAAUUCUAACUCUACGGCGAGCUUACUAAAUUCUAAUGACCACAUGAGAAACGGUUGUGAUCCGUUGCCAGACCAACAAAUUCUUUCAGACGAGCAACUGAGCUCGCUCAUACCUAACGACGAGCUCCUCGACAGAAACAGUCAGUUCAAUCAGUCCUUCAACAACAACUCUGCGCCUGAUAACGUGGAAGAUUUCCUGAAACGAACGAAUAGCCUGGAAUUCGAUCUGAGCGAAUUAGAAACCGAUAAGAAUAAGUACUACACGUCCCGAUCAGUGCCUAGCACGCCGUUACCUUACAAACGGACUGCGCCGAACUUGCACAUAGACCCUCGUCGCUCGCGGGAGUUGUUCCCCGCGGAGAGCUACCCGGCGAUGUCGAAUGGGAUCUCGUCGAAGUCCGUGCCGUCGACGCCGCAGCUGGCUGACGAGCGCAACGUGUUCAGCUACAGCAACCGCGACUUUCUCAUAAACGGCAACUCCGUGUGUGGCUCCAAUCAGAUGCACGGCAUCGUGGUGGACAACGACCAGGAGUUGACCUCUCCGCCUUAUGAUAUGCUGCAAGGAGAUAUCUUGGAACCUCUGACGCUGGCCGACCUCGACAAUGUCGAUCUCUAGUUAGCCGUUGGUAUCGACUUUUGUAUAUAUAGAUUAAUGUUGAUUAAGAUUAUUUUUUGUAUAAAUACUGAGAUAUUGGCUGUUUUUGCAGAGUAUAAUGGUAUUUUUGUAUACCUUCAGUGAAGGUUAACGUUAUUCUGUGCAUGCCUUAUUUUAAAUAUGGAUUGCACACUCCCAAAAUUUGAGUCAAUAUACUAUUAUAUAUUGUGAUAUAUAUGAAAAAGCAUGUAAAAUUAUUAGAGUAAGCUGCAGCAAGCUCUAAACUUAUUCCAGUUUCUUCAUUUUGAUUUGACUGCAUAAUAUAUGUAUGAUUAAUAAUAGUAAUAGUAACUAUUAUAUCAUUUACAUAUAUUUACUUCACAUAGUGUCCGUUUAUCAUUUUAACGUAUCGACAUUUUUGUAAAUUCUAAGUAUGUUAAUAUGGUACUUCUAAAAAAAUAAGUGUCUGUCACUUUCAGGUGAACAGAAGUGAAAUCGAACAUAAGCUAUAAGCUAUUGUUUAUGAUUUUAUCGCAAGGUAGCAUUUGUAGUUACAUGGCACCUUGGCUGGAACCAAAUGUCAAUAUCCGAUAAUACAAUGCUACACGAAUGAUGCAGAAAUAGGCUAUAGCUAUUCUGAAAAAUAUGAAAUUCUUAUAGUAAGCACAUAUUACUUUUAAAUCUUCCAUUUACACAAACUGUUAAAAUGCACAUCUUACUGUCUUGCAAAUAUAGAUUUAAAGUUUUUUACAAUUGUGUGGUUACAUUUUGUAAAUAAAUAUAUAAAAUAAAACCAGCCAAGUACGAGUCGGACUCGCGCACGAAGGGUUCCGUACCAUCAUAUAUAUCAUCAUCACAUAUAAAAAAACAGCUUUCUAAUUAUCACAGUUUAUAAGAUACAGCCUGGUGACAGGUUUAGUAAUAGGGUCCUGUUUUUACCUUUUAGGUACCUAACCAUAAAAACGAGUGACAGGCUAAACUUUUUAACAGUGAAAGUAGCAUUAACUGCUUUUAUAUAAUCGCAUAUUUCUUCGCGGAUUUUUUUUUUAUUUCACUAUUAUAAAAGUAGUAAAUGUGUACGUGCCUCAUGACAAUAUACCGCUCAUAAUCACAAAAACAUCGAAUUUUGAUAAAUAUUGAAUUAAUUAUUUAAUACGAGACAAUCACAUUAGAGUACAUUGACAACGCAAAAGGUACCAGCAACUGCGUAUAUGUAGAUAUGUAGUGUAUCCAGACCAAUGCAGCGUGCCAAGCGCGCUUUGUAAAUUAGAAUUGAUUUCGUAAGAAAAAUAUAUAUGAAUAGAAAUAUUAUAGUUUGUGAAAAUGAAUUUAUUGUAAGUUAGCACAAAGAUUAAUAUAUUUUAUUAUCACAUAGGAGUUUUACUGAUAUACUAAAUUUAAAUAGUCGCAUCGAAUGCGAAGUGAAACUGAAUUUUCCAUUGAGCUUAUAGGAGACAAUCCAAUUCAGUGUUUGUUGUUGAAAAAUAUGGGGACCGGCCUAAACAUGUUAAAAAAAGAACAUUUCACCAGAUUAAAAUCAAUCGGAAAUAAUUUAAGAUACCUAUGUUUGUACAGAGUUGAGAAUGUACUUUUUGCCUAAAGUACUAUUUUGAUGAAAUGUAGUAAGAUACUUCGUAAGCAUGCAUUGAUAUAUUAUUUAUAAUAGCAUACAUAUCGGAAUAUUCCGAAAGCGAACUUUACAAGUGCAUGCCUUCUCAUUUCAAUAGUAUUCCUGAAACACGCUUUGUAGCGUUGGCCGGCCCCUAUUAUAGUGGUCCAAAAUGAUAUUAUAUUAGUUAACGGAUUUCUUACAGCAUCCACAUUUACCAGUCGCUUUAAUCACAGCGCCUUGUUGGAAAAGCGUUUUGAACGUUUCAUUAAAUUGUUAUUUGCGGCCUAAACAAUAAUUUCAAUUUCUAACAUAUUGCUAACUUGUUAUUAUGAUAAUCGUCUUCUUUAUAUUUGCGACAAAACGCCGAAGAAUUAGAAUGCCGCUAAAAAUUUGCGUUUUAUACUUUAAUAAUUGCCGUGAAUCAAAAAGAGUGCUUAACAUUAACUGUGUUUUCUAAGAUUAUUUUCGUAUUUAGAAAUUCAAUAUUGCACGUUUUGUCGAUAAACGAUAUCCAUAUUUCCUGGAACAGUGCCUAUUAUGGAUUAUAUAAAGCUUAGUAGUUGGUUUGUAAACCCUAGUACAAAUAACACUAAUUCGACAGGGAUAUACCUAAUCUAUAGAUAAGUGAAACCGAAGACUGUAAAAGUUUGUAGAUAUUUUCAUUACAAACUUUAUUUGACAAUCACGAUCUAACAUGGGUAUUAAUAACGGUACAACCUUGGCGGUGAGAAUCAUUAUUCCAAUUUGGUAAAACUUGUCAAAAGGAACUAGUACCUACCUAUUAUAAUUUGUACAAUCUAACUCUAAGGCACGUUUGAUGUAAUGUUAGGUGAUUGUGACUUGUAAAUAUGAUAAAUAAAGUUUUAUUCCUCUAUUGGAUUUUAUCCGAAAUAAUAACAGAUAAAAACAUUGUUGUAUCACAAAAUAUACCGUAGAUUCAUAAACUAGAUAUUAACAGAAAUAGAAUUACGUGUUACGAAUUGGACAUUGUUUAGGCAACUAAAGACCUUUCACUUUAAUAUUUAAUAUCUUUUAAGAUACCAGGGUAGUCAUCUAGUGUGAUAAAUUUAACAAUUAUUCGAUUUAUUAUUUUCAUGCAAUAAUUUAGAUUUGUUGGUUGAAUGACCGUGUGGUGCCUGGCACCAAUAGAAAAAAUAAUAGGACCACUCCACCCUUUUCACAUUGGUGUUGUAAGCGGCGACUAAGGGAUAGGCUUAUUAUAAACGUGGGAUUCUUUUAGGCGAUGGGUUGGUAACCUUGUCACUGUUUGAAUCUCAUUUGUACCAUUAAGCCAUGCAGCUGAACGGGAACUAUCAGUCUUUUCGGGACUGUUGGCUCUGUCUACCCCGCAAAGGAUAUAGACGUAACUACAUGUAUGUAUGUAUGACAUGAUGUUAAUGUAAAUAACAUAUAAUUUUUUUGUGUAAUUUUCUUGUAACUUGUAUAUUUUAUCGAAUGAAUGGUAAUUAAAUGUCAUUAAUUAAUUGAUACAGUGGAUACUAGGUAUAUUCCAUUAUUCACAUUCUCAGUUAUAAUAACAAAUAAUAUAUCAUACAAUUACAAUAAUUUGUAGGAUUGUUAAAGCCAUGAAUUGUGUUUUCAAAAAUAUAAUGUAGACAAUUAAAAAGAUCACAAUUAAUUAUUAUAAAGAAGCAGAUAAAUAGCUGAAUUUUUACAGUCAUGCGAUGGAGACUUUCUUUCUAAAAAUAAAAUAUGUAUGUACAUUAACAUUAGACAUAGUACAUGACAUUGUUUAUUUUUACUAUAACUAUGUUGUUCUGUUAAUUAUUGUUUUACUUCAAUUUUUUAUAGACAUGUAUGAUAACUAGUUUUAAUUUGUAUAUGUUUAUAUUUUAAGGAAAAAUAUCCAUGUUGUUGAUUAGUCUUUUAUGGAUGUUGAUUUACACCAUUUGCUAUACAGUGAUAAUAAAUGGUACCAUAGUAUAUAGAAUUACUUUUAUUUAUCAAUUAAAAUAUGUUUUCUUUUCACAGUAGGUAUAAAAUAAAAAUACUUCAGAUAUUUAUAAUAAAUGCAGUCUUUAGCAUGCAUACUUAUUUUAUAGUGUCCAUGUUAUGUUUGCCAAAACUCUCACAAAACCAAUCUGGAAGUAUGGGAUCAUCAUCAUUAUUGUAAGUUCCUGUAACACGCACUGGAUUCCCAGGCCUCCAUUCCAAUAUCAGAGUUAUCAUGGGUAAUGAUUGUAGGUCAUUUAAACUGUUUUCACCAUAUUUAUGUUUUAUUUCCCUUGCCAAACAUCGCUUGACAUAGGUGAAGAAAUCAUUCAAGAAGUUGAAGCAAACAUUUGGCCUCCAAAAUCUCUGAAAACAGGAUUUUAAAUUAUCUUUAAAACAUAUGAGUGUAGACAUGAUCAAUCUUGCAUAGAAACACACUAAUAAUGAAACAGUUAAGGAAACUAACAGUUUCUUAGAGUUUAAAUCAAUUAACUUUAAAUAGCUAACAAAGCCUUAGACAUACCUCUGACAUUUUCACAAGGUCUCUAAGUUGAAAAGUUUUCAAUUCAUCUACAAUACCUUCAUCAUCCCUAUAUCCACACAAUAUUGUGUCAAUGCCAGCAAGAAAUGAUUGGCACCACCAUUUCUUUGUUUUGAAUCUCCUAAAAUGUAAGAAAUGUUGUGAGAGUAAGGUUCCUGUUUCAGUAUGGCUACACUGCAAAAUUUAAAAGAUAAGGUACUUUUUAAAUGGUGCAAUUCUGUACAAAUCAUUAUACAGUUUAUCAUGUCAUUAAAAACAUAUUAUGUAUAAAAACAGGGUAAGGGUAUUUGUUAAUACCUAAAGCUGGUCUCUUGUCUUGAAAAUUGUAUAUGCUUGCUUGUUUUUAAUUCAAUAAAUGGUGCAUUAGACAAAUAAUUAAUAACUACAUCUGUGCUUGCUUCCAGUGAAGGGGGUGUUCCCAGGUGUGACACAUCACAAUUUAUGCCAUCCAUUUCAGCUCCAUAUAUGAUAGUAUGACCAUUUAAUUUCGUUGUGAACACUAAUGAAAACUCCUCAUUUUCAUUGACAGGUUUAUCAGGAUUGGGAUCUAAGUGAGGUUUGUCUG